AUGUCGCAAUAUAUAGGUAAAACAAUCUCUUUGAUCUCCAAUAAGGGUCUCAAGUAUGUCGGCUUGCUCGACAAUAUCAAUGCCGAAGAUGCUACCGUUGCCUUGAAGUCAGUCCGUUCAUUUGGUACGGAAGGUAGAAUGGCUCAAUCUGGAAGUCCCAACUUGGAAGUUCCACCUGGAAAAGAUGUGUACGAAUACGUUGUGUUUCGUGGAUCAGACGUCAAAGAUUUGACAGUGUUAGACACUCCUAUCGAUGACGUGAAGCCAGAAAACUACUACCAACAAUAUCAGCAUCCACCUCAACAGACACCAGUUGCCCCACAGCAGCAAGAACACGUUCCACCACAGCAACAACAACAACAACAACAACAACAACAACAACAACCUUACCAGCAGCCCACUGCAACAUCUACAGCUGGUCAACAACAGCAAUACCAUCAACAGCAGCCUACGAAAACCGCAACUCAGAAGCAAGCCGCUCCUGAGUCAAGACCAACACCAACUGAUAGGGCACCACAUAACCAACAAGCAGUCCCACAAUCACAGCCACAAGCUGCUCCUAAGGCAUCGAAGAGAGACACGGACGCUGACUUUGAUUUUGAGUCUGCUAACGCUAAAUUCACCAGAGAAGAACAGCCACAACAGGAAGAACAAGCUAAUUACAACAAGCAAUCGUCAUUUUUCGACACAAUCUCUUCGUCAACUGAUGAAAGAAAUGCUUUGAAAUGGUCAGAGGAGAAGAAUCUCAACCUUGACACAUUUGGUGAAGCUUCCGUAAAUAGGGAGAACAACAGAGGCGGAUUCAGAGGUGGCUACAGAGGCAGAGGGGGUAGAGGCAGAGGUGGUAAUGGUAACUGGAGAGGGGGAAGAGGAGGCAGAGGUGGCAAUAGGGGUGCAAGACAAGAGCCUAAACCAGAAUGGGCUUAG